GUGGACGGAGAGUUGGAGGCUCUCCUGGAGAAUGGGGAAGGUCUGUCGGACAAGAAUCAGGCCCUUAGCCUGUCUCGGUUAAUGGUCCGAAUUGAGACGCUGGAACAGAAGCUCACCUGUCUGAAGCUAAUCAAGAACACACAGUCUCAGUCCUGUCUGAAGUUCUUCCUGGAGUGUCACGGCCUGUCUCUUCUGUGGAUCUGGAUGGCUGAACUCGGUGACAGCCGGGGUAACACAAGCAACAGCAUCAAGCUGCAAUUCGAGAUCAUCAGAACGUUGGAGCUUCUCCCCAUCCCCAAUAAAAACAUGCUGGAAGAGAGUAAGAUCCUCCCCAUCAUACAGCGAUGGUCUCAGACCAAAAUGGCCAUUCCGCAGCUCAGUGAAGGCGAUGGCUACUCCAGCGAGAACACGUCCCGGGCGCACACCCCGCUCAACACCCCCGCCAACACUCCCGAUCCUGCCACCAAGCUGAGCGCGGAGGUGGAGGGCGAGACCCCCAAGAAACUGGUUCUGCGCAGGCUGAAAAUCGUCAGCGAGAACAGCAUGGACAGCGCAGCGUCCGAUGCCACCAGCGAAGUCGAAAUAAAAGAAGUGUCCGUAAAACAAGAGACGCCCGCCGUCGAUGAACAAAAAGAAGGGGAGAAACUGAAGGAGGAGAUCAAAUCCGAGGAGCCCCCAACACCCACCGAAGAGCAGCCAGUUCCUGUCCCCAAAACCGAGGAUGACCAAGCUGCAGAAGUGAGCAAGGAAACGCCGUCCGGUGUCGAAGUCUCUGAAAUGGAGUCCAAAGACCCUGGCGGGCUAAAGGUAGAAGAGACACCUGCAGUGGGGACCCCAUCGCAGGAUGAGGAAGAGGGCAUCUCCGACGUGGAAAGCGAGAGGAGCCAGGAGCAGCCGGAUAAGAUGAUUGACAUGAGCGAGCUGGCUUCCAAACUUCUUGAGGGGUGGAAAGAUUUAAAGGAAGUCUAUCGGAUCCCGAAGAAGACCCCGGCAGAGAAGGAGCACUAUGACAGGCACCGAGAAUCCUCCUCAGGAAACUAUCAGACCCCAAACACCAAGAGUCGGGAGCGGGACUCCGAGCGCCAGAGCCAAAGGAAGCGCAAACAGUCGCCGUCUCCUCCCUCAUUCUACGAGCGCAGCACAAAAAGGGGCGAGGACAGGUAUGACACUCCCACUACCUCCAAGAAGAAAAGUCGACUGCAGGACCGAAAUAAGCUGUCCACAGAGGAGCGCAGGAAGUUGUUUGAGCAAGAGGUGGCACAACGCGAGGCCCAGAAGCAGCAGCAGCAGAUGCAGAACAUUGGCAUCACUUCCCCCAUCUCUUAUGAGUCUAUGCCGUAUGGCACCCAGCUGCCCCCGCCUUACAUGACUUACCCACAGGGGUACCCCAUGCAGUCCUUCCUGGACCCCACCAAUCCUAACGUAGGGAAGGUUCUGCUGCCCACUCCACCCCUGGACAGCUCUCCCAACAGCUAUGACCCCUCUCAAGGCAUGGUUAAUUCGGCGAUGAUGACUCCGCAGCCAGUCCCAGUAGUGCAACAUGUAGCAGCCCAAAUGGAUGUCCCCACUCAGCAGUAUGCGACCCAGCCUGAGUCUAUGGUCCCUCAGGAUCCCAAUGUGAAUGUAAUGCCAGUACCAGCACCCAGCGCUGUUCCAGCUCAGACCUAUGGAGGCUGGGACCCCAAGCAAUCAGCAGUGCCGGUUCAACAGCAUCAGGUCCAGCCUCCGUACCCACCACCCCCUGCCCAGCCUGCACUCUACUACUCAGGACAGGCAUGCUCAGCUAUGUACGGGAUGCCAGCUGCCUACGCUCAGACCACACAACCCAUGGUGCAGAGUUACACGCAGCCCGGCCUGCAGUACAUGACGGGACAGCAGAUGUACGCUCCCCACCCGCAGGGUGUCGUCAUGCAGCAGCCCCCGCCUGCCAUCGCCCCUCCUGGACAACCACCACCAAUGCAGCAGCCUGAGAUGGGAAUGUCUGGCAAUAACAUCAUGGACCUUCCUCCACCCUCCCCACCCAAACCUAAAACCAUUGUCCUUCCUCCCAACUGGAAGACCGCGCGAGACCCAGAGGGAAAAAUCUACUAUUACCAUGUAAUAACCAGGCAAACUCAGUGGGACCCUCCAAUCUGGGACAGCGGCGGAGAGCCGGGAGGAAGCAUGGAUCAUGAAACGGAGAUGGACUUGGGAACCCCGACAUACGAUGAGAACCCGAUGAAGUCUUCCAAUAAGGCUAAAACGGCUGAGGCGGACACAUCGAGUGAGCUGGCCAAGAGGAGUAAAGAGGUCUUCAGGAAGGAGAUGUCGCAGUUCAUUGUUCAGUGCCUGAACCCGUACAGGAAGCCGGACUGUAAGAUUGGUCGGAUCAACAACACGGAGGAUUUCAAGCACCUGGCUCGCAAGGUAACUCAGGGAGUUAUGAACAAGGAGCUGAAGUACUGCAAGAACCCGGAGGACCUGGACUGCAACGAGAACGUUAAACACAAAUGCAAGGAGUACAUCAAGAAGUACAUGCAGAAAUUUGGCUCCGUCUACAAGCCCAAAGAGGACGUGGACAUGGAAUAGCCGCCCCCUCAC